CUGCGAUGCAUCAGUGUGAGGACAGAGAGGAGGGAGUCCAUUCCUCUAAAAGAUUUCUGUGUGGGGAACAUGAGAACCAGAGCAAAGCUCAGAGCCCAGAGCAGCAGAACACACACUUUGCUGGACCUGGACCUGGAUCCAGAUGUGUGUCCAUGAAGAGUGACCAGUCAAAGGAGUCUCCUCCUAAUUUCAGACGAUCUACAGAUGGAAGGAUCCAGCAGCAGAGACCAGACUCUCCGGAACCCAGCUGUCUGUCCUUCAAGAGUGAUCAGUCGAAGAAAGAUUUCAUUGAAUUUAAAGACGGCCAUCCAUCUGCUGAUCAGAUAGUGGACCAACAGACCUCAGAGGUUCCUCAAUCUGACCAGCAGAAUGACCUGGACUCCAUAUUCAUGGUGUGUACAUGA